GACCUUCGAUUACCAGCGGUCUAAAUACAGCGAGCAUGAUCCGCUGGACCAUGGCCUUCGCACAGUCGCGUCGGAGUCCGCGUACACCAUGAGCAGCAGCAGGGCGCAGUUUCGGGCCAUCGACAUCUCGAAAGUGAAUGCGGAGCGCUACCAGUGGUCAAAACUCGACACUUUCCAGACGCCCUAUGGACAUUUGGGAGAUAUGGAAGACAUCGAGGAUGUGGGCAAGCAUGGAAAGCCCACUUGUCACUUCAAGGUGGAGCUGUUAGAGCAAGUUCGAUCACAGAUUUCAAAGCAGACCAAGCACCAAAUAGAGUGCCACACGGAUAUCCUACUUCAGGAAAUGAAGAGCAUUCGUGCCGAGAUGUCUGCGAAUUUCGCUUUGCUGAGUGGGGACCUGAAAGACUUGAGGAACAGAAAAGUUGAAGCCGACUUUUCGUCCUUCGACUUCUCAGCGGUGGUGACCCACUUUGACGAGUCCAAGGUCAAGGUUGAUUUCGACCCAGUGUUGACAGCUAUUCGUGAGAAGAACUUUGAUGUCGACUUGUCGCAGGUGUUAACACGCAUCGAUGAGAAGACAUUCGAUGUAGACGUUUCACAGGUGUUGACACGCAUCGAUGAGAAGAAGUUCGAUGUAGACUGGUCGCAGGUGUUAACACGCAUCGAACAUGUGCUCACAGCCAUUCGCGAGAAGAACUUUGACAAAGAUUUCUCUGCGCUGUUAGAAGCCAUUCGCGAGAAGAACUUUGACAAAGAUUUCUCUGCGCUGUUAGAAGCCAUCCGCUCGCAGAAGUUCGACAUUGACUCAUCGAUUGACUUCUCAUCGGUGUUGGCGCACAUCGAUGCCAAGAAGAUAGAUGUCGACUUUUCCGAUGUCUUGGCGCGCAUUGAUGCCAAAAAAACAGAUGUCGAUUUCACUAAUGUGCUCAAUGCUAUCCGCGAGAAGAGCUUCGACGUCGAUUUCACAUCAGUCUUGACACGAAUCGAUGAGAAGAAGAUCGACAUAGACUUCUCGUCAAUGUCGGCAAGCUUGGAUGAAGUCCUCCGAGCUAUCCGCUCGAUAACCAUCCCCGCUGCCCCUGGCCCGUCCGUCGUCGAUGUUGACAUCACAUCCGUCUUGACGCGCAUCGAUGAAAAGAAGCUGGAUGUCGACUUUACGGAAGUGCUUGGCUCCCUCCGCGAUCUCUCCGCAUCGCUGACGCGCAUUGAGAACAAGAGGGUCGAUAUCGAUUUCUCUCAGGUCAUUCGAGCCAUCCGUGAGCAGAAGUUCGACAUCGACUUCGGGCCGGUCUUGGCAGCCAUUCACGGCAAGAAGACCGAGGUGGACUUCUCCCGUGUUCUGGCAGCCAUCGAUGCCAACAGGGUCGAUCUUUCUCAGCUGAAGGUGGACAUCGACUUUACAGCAGUGAUGAGCGCCAUUGAGGCAAACAGGGUUGAUCUGCAAGCCCUUCGAGACCUGAAGCUCGACGUGGACUUCUCGGCGGUCUUGACAGCAAUCGAGAAUAUCAAGGUGGACGUAGACAUUUCGGAAGUGUUGCAGACCAUCCGACAGCACACGGAUCCCCAGCCGAUUCUCGAUGCCAUCGCCAACAUGAGCGCUUCGUUCACUGCUCGCAUCCACACAGGAGGCUUAGAGGCGGCUAUAGACCAGUUGCACCUGAAGUUGGAGGACAUCGACAAGAACGGCGAGCAAGCCAAAGCACUUGUGCACGCCUUCAAGAUCAACAUUGACGCCUCCCUGUCAGCCUACCACCAG